CAGCAACUGAAAGUAACACUCAACCCAUUUCACUCAUGAAUUAUGCGUAAAUCACAAACAUUUUGAGAGCAAAUCACGAAAUUUCUGCACCAAUAAUUAGCUACCUACACAAAAAAAGUUCAUAGAAUAACAAUUUACAAACAGAUCUAUUUUUGUCACCGUUGAAGUUGCUCUUUUAACCGUUAACCCAUUCACAUCCAUCCUUUCACUAUCUUAACUACUCCGUGAAAGAACAAGAUUCCCUAUUUAGUAUUUCCCUCCUUCCUAAGAAAAGUGGGAAACAUGGAAUUACCAGUAGUAGCCUAGUGCACACCCCGUCAAACAAACUUUCUAGCUUCACACCACCGCCAAUUACGAUUAUCUAGUCUUUCCAGAAUCACAAAUCAUCCAUCCAUAAGAAGCAAUGCAAGAAAAUCAAAAGUAUGCAGUUUCCCACCAAAAACCCGCUAUAAUGGAGGUAAUAGACGCUGAUUACCAGAUAAUAGGCCAAGAUUGUGUUCUGUUUGACGAAGAAUCUCCUUUGGUAUUAGCGAAUAAUCACGACACUGUCAAUAAUAAUCAAAUUAAUCGAAGAUGGUUCAAUUUGCGAUCGACAUGGAUGAUCAUUGUUCUGGGUACUGUAAUUGCAGUUUCCGCUGUUGCAGUCGUCAAACGCUUUGGCCCCUCUUUCAUGAAGAAGGAGGUUAUUCCAGUAGUUCGCUGGCUGAUGGAAACUUGUAGUCCCCUGGUGCUUGCAGCUAUUUUGUUUGCUGGAAUAGCUUUGUUCCCGCUUCUGCUUUUGCCAACUCUGCAGUUCAAGUGGAUAGCUGGAAUGACUUUUGGCUAUGGAAUUGGCUUCUUGCUGAUAAUAUCUGCAGUAGCUGUGGCCGCUUCUUUGCCCUAUUUCAUUGCUUACCAUCUCUUUCUUCACAAAAUUGAAAAUUGGUUGCGUAAUCACCCUGAAAAAGCUGCCAUUGUAAAACUCGCUGGUGAUGGUGAUUGGUUUCAUCAGUUUCAGGCAGUUGCUCUGCUAAGACUCUCUCCAUUCCCAUAUGUGGUGUUCAACUAUGUUGCUGUUGUUACUGGUGUUAAUUAUGGUCCUUACCUGGCGGGAACCCUGAUAGGAAUGGUGCCUGAGAUACUUGUUGCGAUUUACAGUGGGAAACUGUUUCGGACAGUGGCAGAAGCAAUGGAGGAGCAUACUCAUGUUUCAAAAUUCCAGAUGAUCUUUGAUGGUGUGGGGUUCUGUUUAUCUGCGGUAUCCACCAUCGCUAUUGGGUUAUAUUCAAAACGGAGGUUAAAACAACUUCAAGAGGUAGAGGAGCAACAACAUCUGAGGUAGCACCGUAGCAGGCCUUCAUCCAAAGACUUGCACACUUCUUCCACGUUUAAUUUCAAUGAGAUGUAGGAGAUACUGCCAAAACUUUGGAUAUUCUUCACAAUGUAAAUAACCAACUAUACAUCUUAUGUACAUAUUUUGAUAUAGUUGUCAUUGAUUAGAUGAAGAGUUUUUGAGAUGUUCAUCUGGGGAUAUCAAAUGACUCAGUUCCUCUUCCCAUCUUUCGGCCACAGAGUUGGGAAUUGUAGUGAAUUUUACGUAGUUUAUGUGCAAUUUUGUGUAAAUGUCCAUGAAUGUGUUUCUAAUUUUCCA